AUGUCAACAUCAGAGAACACAACAACAGUUAUAGUCCAUGAAGCUAUAAAUGAAGAAUAUGAGUACAUACAGUUUAACAAACAACUCCGUCUCAUUCGUUCGGUCAAAGACGAUAUGUACCAAAUGCAAAGUAUUUUGACAGCAUGUUUUGCUCCAGAUACUAAGCUUCCUAAAGACUGGUUUAGGAACCAAAACACACAAGAACUUUUGAGCGAAGCACAGCGAGACAUACUUUUUUCUGAAAACAGUGAAGAACAGCGAGUAAGUAAAAAACCCCAGUCGCCAAAACUCUAUGAAAAUCGUGAAGAACAGCGAGUAAGUAAAAAACCCCAGUCGCCAAAACUCUAUGAAAAUCGUGAAAAAUUGCCAAACGGUUUGAGAGGAUAUUAUGUACAUAGACUUCUUGUAAAUGCUGUUGCAAUGUGGGCUUCAGCUCGUUAUGCUUGGAAUAUUUACAGACUUCUUGACGAAAUUCAUAGACAAGAACGUGAAGAGAUGGAAAACAAGCUUGAAGCAAAAGAUGAAGUCAUUGAAGCAAAAGACAAAAGCAUUCAGAAAAGAAUACCACGUUCGGUACCAAAAGGAAAGGAAAAGAACUAUAAGUAUAUGAUUUAUACUGAAGAGAUGGAAAAUGAAGAAGAUAAAGAUAUGGUUAUGUUGCAUUUAGUCAGAAGAAACAACAAAAGCUUUUACGACCUUGCUAAGAUUUACAAAUCUGACAGAAAUUGGUUCUAUCGCGAAAACUUACCGAUUUCAAUGACCCCAAAUGAAGAUGUGAAACAAAUAGUUCAAGAUACGUUACCUCAAACACACUAUGAUAUGAAAGGUUGUACAAUACUUACCUUCAAAGAAGAUUUGCCAUUGUUAAAGGAAAAAAUAACAGAGUAUUUUGACAACUUCAAACAAGUAGGGUAG